ACUGUUCGUGUUGGAUGGAUGCACCCCUGCGCCUCUACUAGGAUAUAUUAAUGACACCUUUGUUUUUUUCGAUUCAGGAUGUAAACGCCUUAUUUGAAUUUUGGCUUCAAUUUCGUAGCAAUUCGGAAAGCCAUUCUGAAGCAUUUAGCUAGCCAGGCUAAGUGAAACGGGAUACUAAUAGCAUUAAUGCUAAUAGCUAAAUUAGGCUAAAAUAAGCUAAGUUAGCAGGACGGUUGCUGUCUUCUAACUGUUCGCUUCGUCUAGCAGCUCCUAUCCUGGUUUGUCCUUAUCGCGUUGUCUGUACACAGAGCAGUUGUGCAGAACCGGAGCUGUGGCGGGGAAAGGUGGCUACAGGAACCCCCUGGCUAUCCAGGCGGACGGACCGCAGUGACACGCCGGUUGUUGAGAAAUUAGAUUGGAACAAUGGCCGAGCUUUCCACCUUAUCUCCUUCCCCACCACCACUUGGGGACCCAGCUGCGGCUCCAUCUGUCGCUCCACCAGUGUUACCUGCUUCUAGCAGCCCCGGGUCUGCUGUGGAGGUGCCUGUACCUAAGUCUUCCCUCUACAACAACAAAGCUUUGACCGGAAACAUUUCUUCAGUACUUUCAGGAAGUUCAUCCUUGAUUGCUCAGCCUCCUAAAAGUUCCACUAAACCCACUGUAGAUGCCACUGUACCAUUAUUGACACCAGAAGCUGCUCCUAAAACAGAGGAGCCUGUAGGAAAUAAACAAGAGCCUGCCACCAGUGACCAAGCUGCUCCAAAUCUCUCGAAUACUGAUGUUAAAGAACUGGCAGCUCAGACAAAAGCUCUAGAUGAAUCAUUAUCUCCCGACUUAAAUCCUGGUCCUAAUCUCUCCCCAAAUGUCCAUGUUUCCUCUAACUCAAUCCCCGUCGACAUUGCUCCGCCUCAAACAAGUUCGGAUAUCAUCCCAACACCUGCUCUUCCAACAGCAAGAGUAGAGGAGAAACCUCAGCCACCACCACAAUCACAAAAACCUCAAAAUGAGUCGCCUUCUCUGUCCCCAAAGCAUGUUCCUUUGAGCGAUACUACACCGACCAGAGCAGCACCACAUAGCCCAACUCUUCCUGUGAUCCAAGAGCCAGCUGCCCCACUACCAAACCCCAAAAUGGCCCCUGACAACCUAAGCUAUCUGGACUCAGCCAGCCUGAUGUCUGGGACACUGGAGUCCCUGUCUGGAUUGGGAGAGGACGGGAGCUCUCUGGGCUCAGACUCUGAGAUCAAUGGCCUAACCAUGAGACGCACUGAUAAAUAUGGAUUCCUGGGUGGGACUCAGUACAGCGAAGGAGCCGAUAAGAAAAUUCAAGUUGAAGUUGCAAGGCAAAGGGAGAUGAAAUGGUUGGAUAUGUUUUGCCACUGGGACAAAUGGGUCAAACAUCGCUUUCAGAAGGUGAAGCUGCGCUGCAGGAAGGGAAUUCCAUCUUCACUCCGGUCCAAAGCCUGGCAGUUACUGUCUGACAGCCAGAAGCUGCUCGAAGAAAACCCUGGGAAAUUUGAGGAGCUGGAGAGAGAACCAGGUGAGGCUAAAUGGCUGGAUAUCAUAGAGAAAGAUCUUCACCGGCAGUUCCCUUUCCACGAGAUGUUUGCUGCACGCGGAGGACAUGGACAACAAGAUUUGUACCGAAUCCUGAAGGCCUACACUGUCUAUCGGCCUGAUGAGGGUUACUGUCAGGCCCAGGCUCCAGUGGCUGCAGUGCUUCUCAUGCACAUGCCUGCAGAGCAAGCCUUUUGGUGCCUCGUCCAGAUUUGCGAAAAGUAUCUUCCUGGCUAUUACAGCGCCGGGCUGGAAGCGAUUCAGCUGGAUGGCGAGAUCUUUUUCUCUCUUCUCCGACGUACAUGUCCUAUGGCAUACCGCCAUCUUAAGAAGUUCAAGAUUGAUCCAAUCCUCUACAUGACGGAGUGGUUCAUGUGCAUAUUCUCACGCACCUUACCGUGGUCCUCUGUUCUGCGUGUCUGGGACAUGUUUUUCUGUGAAGGAGUGAAGAUAGUAUUUCGUGUGGGCUUGGUGCUGCUGAAGCAGAUGCUGGGCUCUGUAGAUAAGCUCCGGGAACUGCAGGGCAUGUACGAGACCAUGGAGCGCCUCAGAAACAUCUCACCCGAUACUAUCCUAGAGGACAUACUUGUACAGGAGAUCAUAACUCUCCCAGUGACGGACGCGCUCAUUGAGAAGGAAUGCAACAUUCAGGUGAGGAAAUGGAGGGAGUCUAGAGGGGAGCUGACCCACCAGCCAGGCCGCCGGCUCCACGGAACAAGAGACAUCUAUGAGUACAAGCGACGGGCUUCUGCCAUCAGCUCAGGAGGGAGCUUUUCUUUCCUCGGAAGCCCAGCGCCACCCCCUGGACCCCUGCGAGCCUCUUCCAGCCUCCUCUCCCUCCCUGGCUUCCGUAAAUCUCGGGCUCCUUUCCACUCCCAGCCUAAAAAAAGCUCCUUCUCCGGGCCUGUAGGGUUGGAAGGUUUUCCUCCCUACUCUCCUCCGGCUCUUGUCUCAAGCCAAAAACCACCUAUUCCUCCAGGAGCAGGUCAGAAGGCGUCAGCACCACAUGUUCAAAGCCCAUUAGUUGGUGGCUCAGUUGGAUCUUCCCACGGGCCAGCUCCAGCUUCAGAGAGCACCUCCGCACAAAGCCAAGCGGCACCUCCGGCACCCGCACAAAGCACACCUCCGCCUAACACUCUGUCCCCCUCCCCUAAGAUCGUCUCGGAGCAGAUCACUCCCACCAUCCCUUCUCCUACUGCUAACAACGCCCCUUUGCAACCAGAGCCCUCAAAAGAAGCAGCAUCAUCAGCGUCUGGAGAGGAAGAAGGGAAGAAAAAGAAGAAAAGCAAAGAAGAUAAGAAGAAGGAAAAGGAAGAUGAGAAGAAAAAGCUCAAAGAAAAGAAGGAGAAGGAAAAGCUUGAGAGGGAAAGGGCCAAGAAAGAAAAGGAGAGGCUAGAAAAGGAGAAAAGGAAAGGGGGCAAGAAGAAGGACAAAGGGGUUGCAGAGGCAGAAGAGAAGAACGGAGCUACAGCAGCGAGAGAAUCAACCUAGUUUCUUCACCCAGUCAUUUCAUGAUAAUGAAAAGGGAAGAUGGGAGAAAAAACAGGUCAAAAGAACAAAAGAGCUUCUGAAACGGUGAUCAAUUUCAAAUCUGGGAUGCUUUCCUGUAUGUUGCAUCAUUUUGGAGACUUUAUAUGUAUCAAGGACUAUGAUGGAGACGACUGGAUUGUUGUUUUAAAAGCACCUUGAGGUGUAUUUAACUCUCUAAAUGCUUUUUGUUUCCCUCACUUUGAGUUUUAUUGACGUUGGAUGCAUUUUUAUAACUGGAGCACAGACUUUCAAUUGUUUUUUUUGUUUUUUUCGCUGAAAAGCGUACAUUCAUUACUUUCUUUUUAUUCUUUCUCAAGACUGAUGGCAGAAUUUAAAGAAACAUGAGGGAUGGGGUAGAAGCUGUAACAUAGUACUUGAUAUUAAUUUAAAUUAAAACUUAGCCGCAGCUCACAGGGUUAACACUCCAUGUUUUCUCUCAAGUCUUACCUGUGGAAAGGUUUAACUGGAUCCAUGGGGAAAAUAAAGCAGCCAUCUCAAAUCGGGGCACUGAAGACAAAAAAAAAAGGCUUUUUAUGAUGUUGAGGAUAUAUUUAUUGUCUUAGUAAAUGUGUAUGAGAGUGAGGGUGUGUGUGUGUGCGCCUUAGUAGAGUAGUGAAAUGUGUCAAUGUUCAGUGUGCGGUCCACUGCAGCCUGCUUUCUCUGUGUAAUUUCAAACUAAUGUCGAAUCAUUGCUGCAGUUCUUCCCAAAACAUUAAUUUAUUCUUUAGUACAGAUCUGAUGGCUGACGAAUACAGUGCCGCUCAGAACCCUUCGUUUCAGCCAUUAAUUGUUUCUGAGGGAAAAUAUGUAUACAACAAGCAACUGCCAGGUAGUAAAAGAAAAAAAGAAUACUUUGCAAAAAAGCUCAUGUGAUUUGGAUUUAAGAUUAACACACAGGCUCAGAUAUAAAUACUCCACUAAUAUGUUUUCAUGUUAUAUUUGCAUGUUGCAGAGAACUUUUUUUUUUUUUUUUGCGACUCCUCUUAUAGUUGUGCCUGGAUUUUUGACCAGUUGAGGUAAUAGUUAGCUUGUAGGAAUGGGCCCUUUUUUAUUUAAAGCAUAGUCCAGUUAUUCUAAUCAGGAUUAAAUCAGCUAAAUGUUAGCCUGGAUUAUUCAUUCCAAAAUCAAUUUGAAUCUGUUUUCUAGUUUUUGAUUUGAGAUGGAAUUAAGGUCUUUGAAUAUGGUCCAACUCCAUUAUUCCAUCAGAUCUCUCCAAUGCACCAAUACCACUGGUGGUAGUGUGAUGCUUCCAAUAACAUGCUUGACAGAUGAUUAAUUGUACUUCUGUUUCAAAGCCUCAAUUUACUAAUCCAGUCAUUUUUGCAUGAUCAUUUAGACAUUUGGCUUGUCCAAUUGGCUCUCUGAAUGUUUGGUUCCAGUUUAAAGGCAUGGAUUUCAGAGCUGCAGCUUCUUUUUUGAUAGCCCUGUUAGAUUAUGUCAUCGUGGACAGUGACACUAUCAUCAUCUUAAGGGUUAUGAUGGGCGACUGGAUACUCCCCGAGUACUACUUAACCAUAAUCCAUUCAUUUAAAGGAAUUCCCACUUGCAAACUGGUUUUGGAGUUGGUAACGCUGGCUAACAAUAAGCUUCUCAGUUAAAAAUGUUUGGACUACGCUUUAAAGUUGAGUUUGUAAUAUAAAAUUAGCCACUCAAAGGAGUCUAGCAUUUCUUUUGAGAUGAUUGGUUAAAUAUCUAAACAGAGUUAAGGGAGGAACUUGUCAAGACUUCAAACACCAAAUGGUUUACUCUGCAGCUGGCUGUGGAGCAUUUACCCAAUAAUUAUAAAUAUAAACAAAGAUAAAAAUGUGGGCAUCUAAUUCUUUAUCAUUAUUUCUUUUUAAGUUGUGCAUGUUUCCUCAGCCUGUCGAGGGUAGAGCUGCAAAGCUCAAAAUGAAUAACGUAUCCCGAUGAGAGUAUGUAAACUUCUGAGCAGCACUGUAAAAACAAGGGCGAUUAGAGCAGAUGGAGACACCAUACAGUGAUAGACGUUUUUAAAUGGUGUUUCUGAUCAGUGGUAAAAUGAUUAAGGAUGAUUUCAUGCUUUAUUUCAGGCUUAUUUAAAAAAUGAAAUGUUUUCGACACCUUAGGUUAAACCAAUGUCCUUAAGCUAGUAUUAAUUAUAAUCCACUCAUUUUAUCCAAUCGAUUUUCAAUAUUUCUCAACCUAAAUUCAUUAACCAAUGAGACUGUGAGUCUAGGUACAUUAGAACAAUGAAGGAUGAUUUUGCACUUGCACCAUUGAAGUUAUUAAUUUAUCAGUUUGGAAAUCUCUGCCUUGAGGACCUGUAGGAAGGUACCAGGUUUGCCAAUGUAGCGUUACCGUCUAACCUUGACCCGUAUGGGCGUAUUUAUGUACAAAGGGGUUUAUUUAAUCAAAUAUAGUAUAUUAUUAAUUAUUUUCAUCUGACUAUUUUUCUAAGAGGGAUAGACACCUGGUGGACUGGAACGCUGGUCAGCUGCAAAGUGUAGCAGCAGGAGGAUCUUCUUUUGCACAUCAUAUCCUCUGCUUUUACAUGUCAAACUUGAUGCAUUUCUUUGCUUUUAUUUAAUUUUACACUUCGUUGGUUUUGGUCGAAUUUUGUUCACAAGUCUCCAGGCCAUCGUCAUACAGUAUUAAAGAGUUUAAAGGAAACAAACGGGCCACCUUCAGAACAAAGUGAUACAUUUGCUUCUUCGUACUGUAGCACAUGUCAAAAAGUGUUUCAUGGUUUUGAAGCGGCCCUUGAGAUCCUCAGUGUGCCUGUUCCAGCAGUUUGUUUUAGCAUUCAUAAUGAGUCUAACACUCUAAUCUAUUUACACUCAGUGUUUUGUACUGUAACAUUUCUGCAUACAUUCAAUGGCACCGAACCCUGUCAUUAUAUGAAAAGUAGUGCCGGAAAAUUGGUGUGAAAUCAUUUGGUGGCAAACAAAAGAACAUUGACUCUGUAACUGUACUGUUUGGUAGUUGUUUAGUUGGUCUAUCAUGUAAUUGUGUUUAACAUGUCCUCCUUAUGCAUUGUUUUCCCCACUUUCAUUCUCCAUAUCUCACACAAUCCUACUUUGAUCAUAGAUGCAUAUUAGUGUAACCCAACCACAUCUAUGCAAACCUCCUUCCAUUAUGACUGUUGAUGUGUGCCGUGGCAGCAGCACUGAUUUAAUCUGCUGGAGGGGGGAAAAUUGUGCUUCAGUAGUUUUUCCUGCGUAAUUUCAGCCGUUUCAUGAGCAAUACCUCCUCACAGCUCAUGGCGUCUUAGACAUCUCCUUUGUUUAGAAAGUGAAGGAUGUGAUGAAAAUGAAUCUUACAGUAUUGUUAGAUUCAGAACUUCGCUCUGCCACAUCGAGGAUAAGUGAAAACAAUAAAAUCUAUCCUCUUCUGCGUUUCUCCAUUAAUGUUGAAGCUGCUUGUUAUGCUUCGUUUGGGAAUAACUCCACUGAUGCAAGUACUUAAAGUGUUUCUCACCAUGCCGUUACAUCCGUUUGUGUCUUUUAAGUUUACAUGUUUUUUCUCUGGCAAAAGUAAAAUGAAAUCAUAGCUAAAAAAAUAAUUCAUUCCUUCAAAUUGAAAACUGAUGUAUUUAUAAUUAAUGACAAUAAUGACAGUUGUGAUGAGUAAUAAACCGUAAU